AUGAAGUGUCUCUCCUCCUGUCUUGGACCUGGCAAGUCGUACAGGAUAAACGGCAAGAAGUUUACCGAAUCUAACCUGGCUGGCUUGUUUUGUCUAUCAGAGCUGUCUUAUGACAAUCACUUUGUGGCACAGGAGGUAGCAGGUAAUGAGAAACUGGUGAAGAGACUGUUCAAGCUUAUGAGAAGAGAUAAGUAUAUUCUGGUGCAGUAUAACGCGGCCAAGUGUCUUACCAACCUCUUCAGAUUGGGAGCUAUCAACGAGGAGAGAUCUAAAACUCAGAUUCUGGACACUAUAGUGUACCUCUGUCUUUCAGAGGAUAUCGCCAUCAAGCACAUCGGAGCUAAUCUCCUUCAUGAACUGAUCGAACAGAAUUCUGAGUUACAGCUGUGGGCUUCCUACUCACAACAUCUGAUGAGGGGACUCAGCAGGUUCUUCAUCGCCAGCAAGGAUCCUGAGUUUUCUCCUCGACUGAGAGCUGCUGCUUUUAAAGCGUUUGCAGCGUUGGGUGAGACGCAGGAGGACAUCAGAAAGAGCAUCAUUGAGGGGGAGAAUAUUAUAUCCCAUCUGAAGUUUGGUUUACAAGACGACAGUCUGGAGGUACAAGUAGCAGCGCUGUCCUGUCUUCACUCCUUGUCACGAUCUGUAAAACAGCUGAGGACCAACCUACUGGACGCAGAAGUGUGGCAACCACUCCUCAAACUCAUUAAGACUGACGAUGAUGAGCUCGUCAGGACUUCCUCUAGAACCCUCUGUAACCUCCUACUUGAUUUCUCACCCAGCAAGGAGAUCCUGUUGGAACAAGAAGGAACAGUGGAGCUGCUCUCAAAGCUGGUCCUUAACUCCGACGAUGAAGUUAAACUGAACGGGGUGUGGGCUCUGAUGAACAUCACUUACAAAGCUAACUCUGAUCUCCGAUCUAAAAUCCUCUCGCACUUUGGGGUUCUCCAAAUACUGGAGACAGUUGAGGACGACUGUCCGAAAUUAAAGAUAAAGGCACUUGGUUUACUCCGAAAUAUACUCUGUGACCCAGAUGAAGUUGACAGGAUAAUGACAUCGCACGGGAGAGAAGUUCUGAAGACACUUGUCCCAAUCCUGACUAACAGUGACAAGUGGAGUGAUGAGGAGCAGGAACAAGUUCUGUGUGUAUUCAUCAACAUCGCCACCGGGCACAUUGCCAAGGAUCUCCUGACAGAGAGAGACGAUCUUAUGCUCUGUCUCUUGAGGUUCCUUUCUCAUCUCAACAGCCAGUUACAGAUAGCAGCAACUACGUGUAUCACACAUCUAGUAAAGAGCGAAGACAGUGGAUGUCUGGACCGGCAGAACAAGCUCAAGGAAAUGGGCCACUUCAAGGAGCUGCAGUCACUGCUGGGAGCCCGACCAGAGGUAGCAGACAGAGCCAAGAUAGCUCUGCAGUACUUCCAAUAGUCACGUGAUGUGACGUCAUCACGAUGACGUCAUCCUGAGAUCAACCACAGUUUGUGAAAGAGAGAAAUCAGAUAGGAGAGUCAGAGAUUUAGAGUUGCGCUGUUGGGAGAAUAGUAAGACAGACUCAACAAUCAGAUACCAUUACAUGGCUUGAUUAAUUGAAAACUGAUACUUGUAUAAGAUAAGUCCGAAACUUGUUGUUUAUAAUCACUAAACCGGUUGUUUAUAAUCUCUAAACCGGUUGUUUAUAAUCAUUAAACGGAACCAAUUGAGAUUGAAGACUGUGAUUUGUGUGGUUUUAGAGUGGAGUACCGCGAAAGUGUUUCAGUUAAUGAACUUGAAUGUUAAGUUGUUUUUUUCUUCAGUUUAAUGAUAAGUAGCUUUUAGACUGGGUUUGUUUUAAAACAUUUUGUAUGAUGGUUUGUUUCCAUGGUUACACAAAUCGUAACUCAAGCAAUGUUACUUACACGAUGUAACAGGACUCGUAACUCAUGCUAUGCAAAAUUCACUAAUAUAAGACAUUUAGGGACUUUGAAGUCUCGCACAGAUUAUGAUUAAUCAAAUACAGUACAAUCUGAUUUUCUUCAUUCAGCCUUUUUCUUGAAACUUUUAAAUCUGCCUUAUGUUUAUUCAAACACUCUGUUGUUUGAAACAGACAAUUUUUCUUACCUCCUAUUCCUUAUUAUAUGGUCAAAUUGAUUGAAAGAUGUUCGAUUUCGUAAAUUGCUUUCAUGUUCAGAUGUACCUAACAACUUCAUGAUUACGUAGCUCUUUGUUUAGACGCCUUUUCUGAGUUUACAUUUUAUUUAUUAGUGAAUUUCUAUGUGAAGUUUUGUGAUGA